CUUUGCUCCCCGCUGAGGUCACGUGAUCUCACGGUUUGCAGAAGGACACGAGCUCUCGGUAAACGUUGCUGUCGGUAAACAUCAGCGGCAGGACGUCGGUCGGUAACUCGGUUAUUAACGUCAUGUGUUCGUUUCGAUCCGCUGUUUAGUGUCGGUUAAUUAAAAUGGCGGCCGGAGCGGCAGCAGCAACAUGGAGGAGCUUCUUCUUCUUCCUCCCCCGACCUCCGCUGCUUCCUCCCCGGUUAUCAGCCGCCUGCAGCAGGCGGAGCAGCUCCGGAGCGGCGGCCCCGAAGGACAAAACUCCCAAGCGAUCCACCUUCAGACCGGCAGCCAGCUCCACACACGACUGGAUCGGACCUCCGAACCCUCUGUCCAACCUGCGGCCCAUCGUCUUCCACGUACCGGAGAACGAGUCGGAGCUGGAGAAACGUCUGAGACACCUGAGGCAAGAAACCGAAGACUGGAACCACGAAUUCUGGACCAAGCAGAACCUCACCUUCGGCAAGGAAAAAGAAGCUUUUAUCAUCUCACAGCUGCAGGCAAAAGGAUUGACGCUGCGAGAUGAGGACGGACGGCGUCGCGCUCUCAACAGCGAGGAGAUGGCCAAGUUUUACAAAAGCUUCCUGGACAAAAACAGAACACGACAUGCAAAUUACAACAAGGAAUGGUACCGACGGAACUUCACCAUCACUCUGCUGAUGGCCCGAGUGGCUCUGAACAGCAUGUGGAGGACGAUAACGGAGAGAAGCAGCAGCAAGAAAAACACCUGAUAAUAAACUCACUGUUCACCCAA